CACAGCAUCUAUUCUCUCAACACCAAUCACGAGCACCGGCACUCCACCACUAGUUCAUCAUUAUCCAAAAAAUUCUGGAAAAAAUAUGUGUAUAUUUGUAUAAUACCAUUACAAAUUCAUAUUCUUAAGCAUGCACGCAACGGUGGUACUAGCUUCAAUAAACAAUUAUGCUUAGUGUUCAAUUUAAUUGCCGGAAGUAGAACAUCUAAAGUAUCGAGAAAACUACUAUUUCUCUGCGGACCCUUCAAAGAACACAGCUUUCAAGUUUCAGCUUUUUCUUCUCCUCUCCUUUGACAUCCACUGUCUCAAAGAUGGUUCUUCAACUGCGAAAAGAAGACCGCAACUAAAGCACUCAUGCUUCCUCAACCCAUGAGUUUGUUUGGAGCCUAAGACUGUUCUUGCCAUCGUUUAAAUGUACUGCAGGGCAGCGUCUCUGCUUGUUCUCGUGGGGUCGGGUGUUUUGGUGCUCUGGGUAUGUUACAACUCCAGCUUACCGGUUUCACAGAGUGCCGGAAUUUUGUUCAUCAAUGGAACAGCAUCCGUUGCUAAGACAGACGAUGAUUACAUCUGUGCCACUUUGGAUUGGUGGCCUCCUGAAAAAUGUGAUUAUGGCACUUGCAGCUGGGGAAGAGCCACCCUCCAAACUUUGGAUCUGAAAAACACACUUCUGCUAAAUGCCGUAAAAGCCUUUUCACCCCUGAGGAUUAGAAUAGGGGGGACCUUGCAAGAUAAAGUAGUAUAUGAAACACAGGGUGAUGACAGACCUUGCGGCAUCUUCACCAAGAACAGCUCAGAAUUUCUUGGUUUCUCACAAGGAUGCUUACCUUUGGCCCGAUGGGAUGAGCUGAACUCUUUUUUCAAGCAGACGGGGUCAGCCGUCACAUUUGGGCUGAAUGCAUUAUACGGCAGGAUAAUAGGUUCGGACAGUUUUGUUAAUGGGCCCUGGAAUUCCAGUAAUGCCGAAUCUCUUAUUCAGUACACUGUCAAUAAAGGCUACUCUAUCCUCGGUUGGGAGCUUGGUAAGCGUAGUGAAGGCAAUGAACUAAGUGGACACGGAGUUGGAGCAAGAGUUUCAGCCCACCAGUAUGCAUCAGAUAUAAAAACCCUUCAACACCUAGUGGAAGAAAUAUACGCAGGUUUCGAAGUUAAGCCACUAGUCCUGGCACCAGGGGGAUUCUUUGAUGUAGAUUGGUUUGCCCAUUUUAUAGAUCAAACAAGUAAAACUCUUCAAGUUGUCACCCACCACAUUUAUAACCUUGGUCCAGGAGUCGAUGAUCACCUUAUUUACAAGAUCCUCAAUCCUUCUUAUCUCGAUGGUGCGGUGCGAACAUUCAGCAGUCUUCAGACUCUUCUGAAGAAUUCUGGAACUUCGGCAGUUGCAUGGGUUGGUGAAGCUGGAGGCGCUUAUAAUAGCGGCCGCAACCUUGUCACUAACUCCUUUGUGUUCAGUUUCUGGUACUUGGACCAACUAGGAAUGGCGGCCACUUACGAUACAAAAACAUACUGCAGACAGACAUUGAUCGGUGGAAACUAUGGCUUGCUAAACACUCAAACAUUUCUCCCAAACCCAGAUUACUACAGUGCUCUUCUUUGGCAUAAGUUGAUGGGGAGCGAAGUUUUGUUAACUAGCUUCUCGGGCACAGAUAAGAUCCGUGCUUAUGCUCAUUGCUCAAAGAACUCUCCUGGUAUCACUUUGCUGCUGAUCAACCUUGAUGGUAAAACAACUGUCCAAGUUCACGUUUCAACUGAAAAUGUAACCAGUAAAGGAACAGUGACUCUGAAACACGAGAGCCAAAAUCACAGGACAAGAUUUGCCAGUAUGUCAAGAGGAUCAUCUAAUGAUGGGAACAUCAGAGAAGAGUAUCACUUGAAUGCCAAAGAAGGAAAUAUACAGAGCCAAGUCCUGCUUCUCAAUCGAAAAGUUCUAAACAUAGACUCAUCUGGCAACAUUCCUUCCCUCGAUCCGAUAUAUGUAAGCCACUCAGAUCCAAUCACGGUGGCUCCAUUCUCUGUGGUAUUUGCUCGGAUUCCUAGUAUGAAUGUCCCCGCAUGCAUAUAGUCCAGUACCAUAGGCACAGUGAAUUUGCUAUUUGUAAUCAUAACUAUGAGGCAACCCUCGUAGAUAAUGACUUUCUGGAGAGAUUGUGACAAGCACAGGUAAAAUUGGAUUCAUUUGCAAGUGAAGGCCAGUCAAUUAAUAAAAUUCAGAGUGUUUAUGACA